CCAUAAUACGAUAAUCAAGUUCAUUCUAUUUCGUGGGUUACUACUUCCUCCCCAGAGUUCCUUCUAUCGAUCUUUCUCCCCCCACACUCGCUCGUUUCGAUACAAGGUUUUGGGAGACGAGUUCGGUGCUAGAGGCAUCGUCCCGGGAAAACCGCCAUACAGGCCGCGACAGAGGGAUUGGUGACUGGGGGGUUACUUGUAUAGCGGUACCAGCAAAUUCCACCUCCAGCACACUCUUUCGAAAAGUUUCUUUUCCCCUUCCCUCCAAUAAACACCUCAGCCACUUUUUCCCUCUCUCUCUCAUUCGUUGUGUCCUGCGGUCUGCAAGCAUCCAAGACGCCCUCUUCCGUCCUGGACACCGAAGAGGAACGCUGACGGGUGCACCAAACUAACACACGGCCAUUUCACACACUUUCUCGAGCCCUGCUCAUCUCAUUUCUUUCUGCCCUUUCCACGCCCUCCUCCCCGUUUCAUUCCAUUCCCUUCUCUCGUCCCUCCCUCCCCGCAAGUCUUGCUUCGGUCGGUCGUGAGAGUUGCGGAAAGGAACUCUAAUCAUGUCACAGUUCGGGAAUUUUCAUGACUUUUGUCGGGAUUCGACAUUACCUGUAUGCAACUUAUUCUAUAAUGGGGAAAAACAAUGCCUGCUCAUGGGGUUCAAGGCUGGUGAUGGACGCGUAGCAAACUUAGGUUCAAUAAUAUUGUGUGUCGUCGCAAUCAUAGUCUCAGUAUUGCUACUGCUGUUAUCACAAAAGAAGAGGGCUGCGGUGGGGCGAAGGGAAAUGCAAAUAUUCUUGAUACUCUAUAUUUUGGUAUCUCUGGCGGAGGUGUUUACGGUCGGAGGGUUCCUAACCAAUCGAACAGUACUGGUGUGGUUUACUGGCAUUCAUUUGGGCGCGAUAGCAGCAACAGCAUGGGUCCUGUUGUUAAACGCUAUUGUUGGAUUCCAGCUAGUUGAUGAUGGGACACCGCUAUCUGUGGGACUGGUGGCCGGGUCUGCACUUGCAUUUUUCAUCGGGACUGCAUAUGUCGCUGUGGACACUGGCUUUGGUGAACCAGGGAACUUUCCUGUCAAAGAUCCCGAUGAACUGAAGAAUUAUGCCUUGUACGUUUUGUACCUACUGUUUCCGCUGAUAGCAAUUGUCGCCUUCUUCUUCCUGGAAGCGUUCUUGGUAUUGAGGGUUUUGGGAGAAAUAAUGCCAAUGGUCCGUCUGGGGGUUUCAGCAUUGUUCUUCGUCAUUGGCCAAAUCUUCAACUUCAUUAUUAGCGUUCACCUCUGUGAUGUGUCGAACGGCAAGAUCGACGGUGCCCUCUUCGAGACAUUAUUCACAUUACUCGCCGUAGUCACCCUGUGGUUCUUCUGGAGCAGCAUUACAGAAGACGAAUGGCCGGAUGAUGAUCCGAUGAACCCAAUAAUAUCCGAUUCAGUCUAUUCACCGUAAAUUACAAAGAAAGAAAAAGAUAAAGAAAAGUCGAAAAGCUUAGGUUAGGGGGAUGAGCAUCUCACGAACUACUUACCAUUACAUCACCACUACCACCACCGCCAAACUCGAAUCCGCAAUCAAAUCAAUUAACCUUCAUGUCUUUAUUCCUUCUCGUGCAGCAAAUGAUACUUGUCUGCUUAUGAUACCCGUCUUGAUCUUCCUGCGAGGAAGUCCGGGAGUUUGCAAAGUUCGUGAUUGAUAGUCUGGCGGGUAAGUGUGCAAGGAAACAAGCAAGUAACCUGAAGCUUGUCAACGCUGAGGCUCCCCGCUUUCAUUUUCAUUAUUUAUUUUAUUUUCAUGUCUCUUAUCUCAUCUUUGUUUAUUUCUGGUCUAGCUUGGUCUGGUCCGGUCCAGCAUGACAUCCCGACCCACCCGCGUUCAAGGGGGAAUCUCGUGUUUACCUCUUUGCUUUCUGGUUUUGGCCAUGGUGGAGGAAUGGGAUGGGUCUGGGAUUGUAGAUACUUGCUCCUGGAAUGGGGGUGUUAGCAUGUUUGGGAUUUGGGAUUAUUAUUGGAGGGAGGAUUAAUGCUUUUUUUCUUUUCCUUUUCGCGGAAUACCGGCAUGUGCCCGUGGUAAUGGGCUUUGGCGGUAUUGAAGGAAGGAAGAGGUGGCUCGAGGGGAGGUUUUAUAUUGGUUUCUUUUCUAUCCAUUGUUGAGGAGAAAAAAAGGGAAAGCUGCCAUGAGCUAAGCCUCCCGGGAAGGAGCAAGGCUCCUAUCUGUUUCAUGGGAGGAUGAUUGGCAUGGAUGAAUGGAUGGAUGGGAAUGUAUCAUGUAUAUGUAGUUACUAUUUUUCAUUUUUUCGUUUCACCCCC